UCGUCACCGCUGCGCGUGACGUGGUUGAUGUGGCUGCGCAUUGGAGCCCCUGUAUAAAGACCCUUCGACAACUACAGGAACACAAUAAAAUCCUCUUCCCCCCAUCUACAACCUCACGCUAUUAUCUCACUCGAUGUCAGUUUCAAGCUUUCUGUCAUCGUUCGCCGACAAGGCCCAGAGCGCCAUCAAUCAGACGCCUCUCGCUGGUCAUAUCCCUGGCACCACCAGCGCUUCUGACCAACCCUCUGCCAAUCAGGCAGCAGCUCAGGGUGGUGGUAAUCGCUCAGUGACUCUGGAAUCACUGCAGCAUCAAAUACGCUCAAUCGGACAGCAAUACACCAACACCACACCGGUGCAAAGAAUCAUCACCUCUGAAAAGGGUGUUGCAAUCGAUUGCGACGCCCUCGCAAGAGAUGCGAAAGCGCAAAGCAAGGAAUUGUACACAUGGGGUCAGACACAGCCAGAGGAUCUCAAGGAUGUGACGGAUAGAUUGGCCUACUUGAACUUUAUCCAGGGAUCGCUUGCAUCAUCGCUGGCGAUCAAGCUUAAUAAUGCACGGGCGCCAUUCAAAGCUCUUCGCGAUGCCGAGGCUGUUCUUGCUCCAAAACGCAAUCUCCGUGUUGGAUUGCGCAACCAGAUUGCUCGUAUCGAGCAUAACCAGGAGAAGGGCAUGGAGCGGAAGCUUCCUGAAUUAAGACAGCUACUUGCCAAGGCUGAACAAGUUGACGAGCCACUCGAAAAGGAACUUGAGAUAUUGAAGCGCAAGGCCGUUCAGGAGAGCGAGACAAUGAAGUGGGACGCUGUCCGCGAGUUUGGAGAAAAGCUACUACUAUUAUCGCAGGCUUCCAAGCCUAUCAUUAGCGUCCUGCCACCAAUUCCCCCUUCAGAUUCGCGCCCUUACACUGGAGCUCAGGCAACAGGCGCUACUCGUGCCGCUCUUCAGCUUGCGCUUGAUAAUUAUAAGCCGGGGAAUAUAUCCCUCCCCGCGCAGUCCGGCGCAAACCUUUCACGGUCUGAUACCCAGUCAUUUGGGGAGAGUCACGCUUCAGAACUGAACAGCCUCGCAUCCAAUCCUGAAGCGAAUGCUGGUCAUCCAGGUGUGCCCAUUACGCCUCCACCUCAAGCGACUUUCCAUGCGACAGACACAGAAAAGGCCAGAGAGGCGUCGCACUCCCCUCCGAUUGACCCGAGUUCACUCAAUAAUUCUCCUGCACCAAUUCCAGAAGGUCAAGCUCCACUAGGUUGCCCUGUUGCUAGGGUCGUGGACGGGGAUUCCCUUCCUCCUGUCGCAAUCCCGGCUGCCGCACCUACGGUGGCUGAAACUGGCAUUCCCGUAUCUGCGGGUUCACCUGGUCCAGGGCCUGCUAGUGGCUCUCUCCGUGACAUACACCGUGCCUCAGAUGCUGCGGGACCGCGAAGCGGCGGUCUCCCAGGCAACUCACCAUUUGAUGAUGUAUACGGACAGCCGCAUGAGACUGCAGCAGAUGAGAAGAAUCGCCUUGAGCGUGAGGAGCGCCAGCGCGUACUCGCGGCGGGGACGGCACCCGCUGCUUCUGAACACGAGUCUGCAGAGGAGGAGAAGAGCAGACUUGAGCAGGAAGAGAGAGAACGUGUUACUGCUCGCGCUGAGAGCGGCAAUGCACACAAAGAUGGUGACGAGCUCCCACCAUACCAGGACAUCUAAUAAGUGGGUUCCGAUUUUCUCUACGUGUCGAUUAUUCAAUAACUUUGUGGAUUUGUCGUAUGGAUCUCGGAUAGUUUGUAGCCUAUGUGAUGUACUGAUUGUGGUGUAAUGAUUCGAUGUACAACACGGAGCAAGUGGCAAUUAUGACAUUCAUCACUAAGACCGGGGGUUUGAAGCCAAU